GGUAGCCAAUGGCCAACUGGCGCUCAGCUGUCAAGUGUCGGCCGGUUCAGCCGAUAAGCGCUCAAGCAGCCCACUUUGCUAUCGAUAACCAUUGACCCCAGAAAUUUUGGAACCUCAGCAGCUCGCCCUGGAUACUGAUAUCGUUUUCACGUCUAAUACUAAUACCAUAUUCUCACACACACAAUGGGCCGGGAACUGCAAAAGCGGAAGCGCCGCUCGUCCCGCGCGACAGUGCGCAUGCCCAACCGGCGCAAAAAGGCUUUAAAUCCAGUAGGCAACGGGAUCAUUGCCAAGAACUGGAACAAAAAGGAGACCCUCUCACAAAACUACUCGCGCUUCGGCCUCGUCGCAAAGCUCGGCAAGACAACAGGCGGCACGGCGCCCGGCAACCGCGCGACCCUGACGGCGUCCUCCCACGACCCGCUGGCCGUGCAGUCAGCCGAUCAGGGCUUGCUGAAGGUCAGCGAAGUGAGGGUGGAGCGCGACAGCCAGGGCCGCAUCACGCGCGUGCUGCGCGGCAGCAAUCCGCUCAACGACCCGCUCAACGAGCUCGAUGAUGAUGAUGACGAUGACGACGAGCCGCAGCAGGAGGGGGAGCGGCAGGAGGAUGGGGCAAGAGAGGGAGGAGAAGACGACGGCGAGGGCCAGAGGGCGGCGAAACCCGAGGUUCUGCGCGCGCUAGAAAUGGAGGCGAACAGACCGACCGAGAAAGUCCCGCGGAAGCAGAGCGAAAGGGAGCUCGAGUGGCUGAGGCGGCUCGUGGAGCGGCAUGGGCAGGACGUGGCGGCCAUGGCGAGGGAUAUGAAGCUCAACCCCAUGCAGCAGACUGCGGCGGACAUUGGGAAAAGGUUGCGGAAGGCGGGGUUGUUGGCUUCGUAAAUGCGGUAGGGCAAGAGGAGGAGGGGGAGGAAUGGCAUAGGACAAAGGGGCUAGACAUUGGACUGUGGAACUGGAAAGGGGUAUAAGCUAUGUUUGUCAUGUUAGGUAUGCAUGCUGGCGUCUGGCGUUUUGGACCGGGAAAGGGUCAUAUAAAACCGAUGAAAAUUUUAAAUCAUCCAUGUUUAUGGUAUCACUUCUCUGUUCUAUCAAGACGCCAGCAACACCGCAAGAUAAGAAGCCAAGCCCGC